AUAACUGAACGCGCCUUUCUAUGUGAGAUGAACGUUUGAAAUCACGGGUAUUGUAUAUAGUUUUCAAACAUCAAAAACAUUGUGAAUUGACAACAACGAUGGCUACCGAUUCUUACUCGUCAGCAAAUCCAGUGGAGAAAGGUGACUUUACAAAUAUUUCAUUGGCGGGAGACCCUGAACAGCCCCCCAAAAAGAAAGUACCAAGAAGAUUGAUCUAUUGUAGUGAUGGAGUUCUAGAAGAAUACUCAACAGAUGAAGAGGAGGAGAAACCCCCAGAACCAACAGUUAAUCCAAAAGAGCUAACUUGGUUGCCAUGGUUUUGGUAUUACAUGGUGACUGCAGCCAGAGGAACACUCUUUGUGGCAGACAGUUGUGGAGAAAAGCUGGCUUGGUUCUUUGGAAUCACCACACCAAAAUAUCAGCAUGCUAUUGAUGAAUACUAUCGUCUUAAGGAAGAGGAGGAAAAGGACAAGGCUAGAGAGAAAAAAUCCCAAGAGAUGUUUGAAGAAAAGAAAUUAUCUCAAGUGAAAGUGGAGAUUCAACAAAAUGUAGAAAAACAUGAUCAUGAGAAUGUGGAGGAUUCUGCUGCAACAAAAUAUUGACUCCUACACCUGGUGCUCUGGGCAAUCAAACAUUAAUCCAUUCCUCGAGCAAGUAUGCAAAUCAUGAUUUAGUGCAGAAGGGAACAAUGCUUUGUACUUACAAGUAUAAGGUUUUAUUUUCUGCAAUGGACAUUGUGGGAUAUCUGAUGAUGUUACAAGUAUUAAGUUUUAUUUUCUGCACACCAUGAGAGAAAAUGUUAACUGGGUAUCAAUAUGUAGAGAUCAUGUGCAGAAUAUCACAAAGAAAAUCAUAUUUUUUCUGGUGAAAAUCUUUAAAAACAACACAGUAUAUUUCUAAGUAAAGGCUAGUCUCAUAUGAAUAUAAUUACUUAUGAAUAUAAAUAUUUAUAUAAUUUAUUUCUUGUCUGCGAAUUUGACAUAAUCUUAUUGGAAUAAUAGCUAUAUCAGAGUUUUCUUGUGGUAGUGUAACUAAUGUUUUCAGUUUUUCUUUACUCUAAAUGAAGUAACAUAAAAUAUGGAUACUAUAAAAUAAUGCAAGGAAAUGUGAGGUUGAACAAUUUGUCAUUUUCUGCAGUAGGUUUUCUUGCUGUGAAUUUUGUUGGCUUAUUUCUGAUUCAUUUUACAUGAUGAUGUUAGUGGUUUUAAAUUUUGUCUAACAUUUGAGUAUUUGUUGAAAGGGAAAUAUGAUGUAUAUAGAUUUGUUCUUUUUUAAUCUCCUUCAUAUAUAUGAAUUCAUGUACAUUUAUUGUUAUUGAUGGUGUGUAUUAUUGAUAUCACAUUUUACUUAUAUUUUUGUUCCAAAUUAAAUAUUUCAGAAUUGUU